AGAGAGAGAGGUGGUUGGAGCCUAUCCGGAGGAAGAAGCAACUAGCGAAGAAGCCUCAGCAGUUACACUUGCCAAAGCGGCUCCACGCAGCCAGCAGUCUGCACUCCUUAAGAUUUCUAUCAGACAUCGCAAUUUUCAGUAUCUCUCUGUUGUGCCUGACACGCGGCUGGGAAUGGGAUUUUUCUUUAACGUAACUUAACGGCGGCAGCAGUUGUUGUUGGACCGGCGUUUUUCGGCGCCUCCUCGCAGCGGAUUUUACAAAGCCCCCCCCACCACCCCCCGGAGCCUGUAAUGAUAUUCAGCACCCUGGACAGAGACUGAGCAUUUCAGCACCCUGGACAGCGACUAACCGUCCACUGGAGGCUGUGGAGAGGCUGGCACGUGGCAAGAGGAGGGGGGAAGGAUGGAUCUUCAGUAAGAGCCUCCCCCCAGGGAAGCCGGCGUCGGACGCAAGGCCUCAUGGGCCGUUGACCUGCUGUCUCCGUGAUUUAUGGCGGCUGGGGGCCUCUGGCCACUGCAGACUCCCCUCCUCUCUUUCCUCCGUUUCCCUUCACACACACUGCAGGAUUUCAAGGAGCCACACACACUGCACCACCGUCUAGAGGAGUAUCCAAAGAGGAAUUCCUCGCACAUGCUGAGCUGCAGCACGGGCACGAAUACAUUCACUGCUUCCUACACUGUCUUAUCCAAAACCAAACACCUACAUAAACAUUUCUACACUGCAGCACCGUGUCCCACAAUCCCAUCACAUGUCCAUUAGACCAAGCAUGCUCUCAGAGUAUUCUCCAUUUGACUCUGUGGAUUACUAUCAGUCAUGGUGUGUCAGCUGUAGAGCCCUUGGUGUAGCUGCUGCUCACGGGCAGAGGCGGAUCAAUGGAAGUGCGCUGAGUAACGAGGUGAUGUUCCUGUUUCCACAUGGUCUGAGAGCAAUCAGCAGCCAGCAUAUCUCCGCUGACUCCACACACUGCUCUGCUUCUACAUUGCAAUAACCGUCCUCCUCUAUGGACUAUUAGUGCCGUGACUUAUAGUAUUAUUUUAAUAUUAGACACACUAGCUGGACAUUUGCUCCUGUGCACACCAGAGCUGUCAGAGGUAUUCACAUUCUGGACUAUUUUUACUUUUGAAAGCUGGGGAGAGAGAGUGAGAGCCAGCAGGUGCCCUCGCCAUGGUGUUGCCGCCCCCAGACAAACGCCACGUGUGCCUGACCACCAUCGUCAUCAUGACCAGCAUGGCCUUCAUGGACGCCUACCUGGUGGAGCAGAACCAGGGUCCCAGAAAGAUUGGUGUGUGUAUUAUAGUGCUGGUAGGGGAUGUGUGCUUCCUCAUAGUGCUGCGAUAUGUGGCAGUGUGGGUCGGUGCCGAGGUGCGCACCGCCCGACGAGGAUACGCCAUGAUCCUCUGGUUUCUGUACAUCUUUGUCCUGGAGAUCAAGCUCUAUUUUGUCUUCCAGAAUUGCAAGGCAGACAGGAAGAGUUUGGAGACGGUGGCCCGGAAGGCUUUGACGUUAUUAUUAUCUGUGUGUGUACCAGGCUUGUACUUGGUUCUAGUAGCUCUGGAUAGUAUGGAAUAUGUGAGAACUUUCCGGAAGAAGGAAGACAUGAGGAGUCGUCUAUUCUGGGUGGCUCUGGACCUGCUGGACCUCCUGGAUAUCCAAGCCAACCUGUGGGAGCCCCAGCGGACAGGCCUGCCUAUCUGGGCAGAGGGCCUGAUGUUCUUCUACUGCUAUAUCCUGCUGCUCAUCCUGCCCUGCGUGUCACUGAGUGAAAUCAGCAUGCAGGGGGAGCACAUGUCACCCCAGAAGAUGAUGCUGUACCCAGUUCUGAGCCUGGUCACCAUAAACGUGGUCACCAUCCUCAUACGAGGUGUAAACAUGGUGCUGUUUCAGGACAGCCGCGUUUCCACCAUCUUUGUCGGAAAGAAUGUGGUGGCCAUCGCCACCAAGGCGUCCACCUUCCUGGAGUACCGCAGACAGGUGAAGGAGUUCCCCCACCCGCAGAACGCCAUGGCGCUAGAGCUGCAGCAGAACUCUGUCAGCCACACGCAGCCGUUGCCCAACGCCACCAGUUUGCCACAUGAACCUUCGCCGGCUCAGGACGUCAUUGACACAUGACCGCCAGCGCUGGAAUGAGCACCAUCAGAAACUGACUGCUUUUUAUGAAAGCUCCAGGAGAGGAGGUAGAUAGAGAAAUCAGCUGCAUGACAGGAUGAUAUUCUGCUCUUGUCAAGCCCACAUGAACUGCUGUGAAACCAUAAAAGAGAUUUUCAGCAUCACCUGCCUGUCAGAACAUACUGUAAACCUACACUUGACUCUGAGUGCAGCGUGCAGACUUUAGAAAUCAAGUCAAAAGUUUUUAUCGUGCUAUUGUGUUUUUAAUUGUUUCAAAUGUUUUAAAAGUUCAAACUUUUAUUAAGAGACAAUCUCCACACUGCGCAGCCUGGUGACAUUAUGUUGUGUAAAAUGGACAGCUGGUCACCCCCCACCCCACCCCACCCCCUCCGUGAGUAUCUUGUAUUUUUUAAAGGUCACUUUUUCGACAGUGUGGCAUUUCCUUUGUAUUCCAGCACCAAAGGACAAACCACUCAGUGUGAAGCACUGAUGGAGGGGAGGAGUAGAGAGUGACACAGGUCAGUCAUGGGGGGCUAACUGUGCUGUGCUAGAGUAAGGUUGGUGGCAGACGAAUGCGUUCCCUUCGGUGUUUGGUUCUGCUGAGAAAAGAGCUCUGUGGAAGCUGCUGCCUUGGUCAGUGUGACGCUUUACGACCAAAGGUCUGAUUAAAGCACCGGAGCUCAGCACUUACACCAUCCACUGCAGCCAUCCAAGCGUGUGUUUUACUCUUCGUAUGUGUGUGUGUGUGUCCAUGUGCACGCACACUAGUCUAGUACGUAUGCCUGCAAGCAUACGUGUUCACUACAGAAGGUCUAGGUUAUUUCAGAUUGUUUUGGAACAGAUGUGAGUGUGUGAUGUGUGUGUGUGUGAUGAAUUGCAAACAAGACUAAAUAUGUCAGGAAAAAAAAACAAAUAUAUGAUGGGGUUAAGAUACUUUCUGUUUCCUGUACUGUACAUUCCUUUAAAACUAGCUCAAGGCUUGAAGUCAGAGAAUGCAGAGAUCAGAGUCCAGAGAACACCUCACUGAAGAAUUGACAAAAGAUAAACAUAAAUACAAUAACAUACAAACAGAAAAUACUUUUUCUGAUGUUAUUCAGUUUAUUAUAAUUAUUAUUCUCAUUAUUAUUAUUAUGAUUAAUAUUAUGUACAUUCUUUACUUGUUGGAGGCCAAUGAUGUUUUAAUAAAAGUAUAAAUAAAAGAAUAA